UCUCAAAGCUAAUUCAAACCGCCAAAGUCGCUGCCUUGUAUUCCUCCGCGGGACAUUCCUCAACGACUUCCAAGUCCAGUAGUCCGCUCUCCAAGUCUCCUCCGAUUUCUAUGAACAACAGCAGCAACCGUAAAUCCAAGAAGGGGGAAAAAAAAGAUCAAGCAAAAUUCGAAAAAAAAUCAGAAGAAAAAAGAUCUCAGGCAAUGAAGAACCCUAAUCUCGUCGCCGCUUUCAUCUUCUCGUUCCUCGCCUCCGCCGCCUUCGCCGAGAUCAAGGACUUCAAGAUCGCCGGCGACUCCCGCUCUCUGAUCCUCUUCGAGAAAUUCGGAUUCACCUCCGACGGCGCCGCUAACAUCGCCGUCGCCGAGGCCACCUUAUCCUCCUCCGUCUCCUCCGCCGACCCCUCCCUCUUCGGCUUCUUCCUCCACUCCUCCUCCAACCUCCUCCAAACGCUAAUCGCCGACGACCAGCCCCAAAACCCUAACCCUAGCCCGUGCAUCCUCUCAAGCCCCUACAUCCGCCUCCUCUUCACCUUUCGAGAUCUCUCCCCUCCUCCCUUCAACUCCUACAAUCGGACUUUCCCGAUCGCCCUCGCCGAUGACUACAAUCUCUUCUUCGCAAACUGCGUUCCCGAAUCCGAGGUCUCAAUGUCGGUCCGCACUGUGCUUUACAACGCUCAACCUGACGGAUCUCGUGAUUAUUUGCCGAUCGGCGAGGCGCCGGUGCCGACCGUAUGCUUCCUUUUCUCUUUGAUUUAUGUGGCGUUCUUAGUUAUUUGGAUUCAUUUUGGUUUGAUUGCAAAUAGAAGCUCGGCUCACCGGAUCCAUUACUUGAUGGCUGGGUUACUGGUUGCGAAAAUUUUGAAUCUUGUGUUUAAAGCUGAGGACCAGCAUUAUGUUAGGAUCACUGGAACUCCCCAUGGAUGGGACGUGCUCUUCUAUCUGUUCCAGUUUAUUAAGGGGGUGUUGUUGUUUACUGUUAUUGUAUUGAUUGGAACCGGGUGGUCGUUCUUGAAGCCGUUCCUUCAUGGCAGAGAGAAGAAGGUUUUGAUGCUGGUGAUCCCUCUGCAGGUUGUGACCAAUAUUGCCUCGAUUGUUAUUGGGGAGACUGGGCCGUUUAUUCAGGAUUGGGCAGCUUGGGUUCAGAUUUUCCUGCUGGUUGACGUUGUUUGUUGUUGUGCUAUUUUGUUUCCAAUUGUGUGGUCGAUUAGGUCAUUGAGGGAAACGUCGAAGAGUGAUGGGAAGGCAGCUAAGAAUCUCAGUAAGCUUGUUCUUUUUAGGAGGUUUUAUCUCGUGGUGAUUGGGUACCUGUACUUUACAAGGGUUGUCGUGUUUGCAUUGAAGACGAUUUUGUCGUAUAAGAAUAAGUGGAUGAGUUUGGCGGUGGAGGAGGGGGUGACACUUGCGUUCUAUAUCUUGAUGUUUUACUUGUUUAGGCCGAAGGUGAAGAAUCCGUACCUUGCUUUGGAUGAUGAAGAGGAGGCAGCAGCUAUGGCGGUGUUGAAGGAGGACGAUUUCGACAUAUGAAUAUAUAUACUAAAGGAUAGGGAUGUAACAUUAUUUUGGGGCUCAUGCCGGUUUGGUCCUCUUCUCCCAUUUACUUGUUUUCAAAUGUUCUCAAUUAUUGCUAUUUUGUCAAAUUUUGUAUCACGUGUCAAACUUACUUAAAAAUCAAACUUUUGUUACUCAAA